UUUAAUUAUUAUUAAUUUGUUAAGAAAAAAUUUAAUAUUUAAUAAUAUUUUCAGUAGAAAUCGGAAAACUUUUUUAUAUAUGUCGACCUCACUGAUUAUCUUAUUAUAUGUCUAUAUUUCAUGCAAGCGUACGUAGUUAUCAAUUUUUUAUUAUGCCAUCGAUCUCAUAAUUGCGUGCAUAUAGAAACAAAGAAAAAUCUUCGCCUAUAAGCUUGUUCUCUGUAUCUGCAACUGAAUUUAUUGUUUCCAAUUUGCUAUUAAAUCCAUUAAAUAAUUCUCAAAGGAGGAUUUUUCCAUAUUUUUUUGCUGAAAAGAAUGCUCGAGCCUUCUCGAUCUUUUUAACCUUGAUUAACUACUCUAUAACAAUAUCCGGGGCAGUUUAGGCAUUUCAAGUGAGUGUAAGGGCUGGCCUUCCUUUCUUUCCAAAAUAAUAUGUUAGUCCCAGCUGCCUUGAGAUGUGUAUAAAUAUGCAAGGCUAAAUUAAGCAUAGAACCAUAUAAACAAGGGAAAUGGCCAAGUAGCCAUUUUUUCCUCUCCAACUCCAUUACUCUCUCUAUCCUUCUCUACUCUCUUCUCAUGGGAAGAUCUCCUUGUUGUGAUGAGAAUGGCCUCAAGAAAGGCCCUUGGACUCCUGAAGAAGAUCAGAAGUUGGUUCAUUACAUCCAGAAGCAUGGCCAUGGCAGUUGGAGAGCUCUUCCUAAGCUUGCUGGAUUGAAUAGAUGUGGGAAGAGCUGCAGAUUAAGAUGGACCAACUACUUGAGGCCAGAUAUCAAGAGGGGCAAAUUUUCACCUGAAGAGGAACAAACCAUCCUCAACCUCCACUCUAUUCUUGGCAACAAGUGGUCAGCUAUAGCAACUCAUCUUUCUGGCCGGACUGAUAAUGAGAUCAAGAAUUAUUGGAACACACACUUGAAGAAGAAACUAAUUCAGAUGGGAUUUGAUCCAAUGACACACCAACCUCGAACUGACUUCACCGCCGCCCUCCCUCACCUCCUUGCCCUUGCUAACCUUGUCGACCACCGCCCCCCCACUUGGCUUGACAGCCUCAAAGCAGAGGCUGCCAAGCUACAAUUCCUUCAAUACUUCCUCCAAUCUGCUCCCUCCAACACAGGAUUUGAAUCCAUAGACAGCUUCUUGAACCCUCAGCCACUCUCUUCUUAUCCCAUUGAGCAAAACAUAGGGAAUCAACCACCAUUGCUGGAAUUACCAAUGAGCUAUGACUACCAGUCUCUCUUGAGCAAUGAAAACUUAAACUAUGAUGAAAGCAAGCUCCCAUUAAUGGAGUCUCCUAUAUCAACUUUGCCUCCACUGAUUGAUAUGUCAAACCCAGGCGAUGCCUGUAGCACUUCCAGCUGUGAGGGUAGAGGGAAUAGUACUUCGGCCACUUCCUUCUGGCCGGAGUUCUUGCUCGAUGAUUCCUUUAUGAAUGAGUUGCCUUGAUAUUUUCCAUCUAUAUUUCCUCUUUCAGUGUAAUUAGUUUCCUUAAAUUUCUUCAACGGUUUGAGAAGCUGUUAUACAAGUAUCAAUCUUAAUGUGAUAUUGGUUAGAUUGCUGUGCCAAAGCUUUGCUCCACAGUACCAAAUAGAUCCAGAUGUUCAGAUAUAUAUAUACACACACAGUUUGUAUCAAUGAUUGAUCUUAUUCCUGUUUUGAAAGAAAUUUGUUUCAUAUA